AUGAUAUCUCCGCGGUUUGACCCGAGGGAGUACUUUCUUCUCAAGCUGAAGUUUCGGACGGAGCAGGCAGUCACAGAGUACAGCGCACUCGUCGAAACCUUCAACAAGAGAAUGGACGAAUACGCACAAAGGAUCCGACGCGUUUUCGAAGACGACGACGAAAGAACAAACACUAAGACAAUAAGCGACGUCAUCGAAACUACACAGGUUUUCAUUGACAGCAUCGGCGGUAUAGUGGACGCUUGGGAGACUUUCCAUCGCACCGAGCUGUCGCUCUUCACCAGCUACAUACCCGAAAGAUCGAUUUGGCCAACAUAUAUUAGCAGUAUCGUGCGAAACGUUGCAGAACUAGACCGACUGCGCAAAAUACUCGUUACAAAGCGAGAUCGCUUCAAGUUCAAACUCGACAGCCUUCACACCGUCUCUAGUCUCAGCCAAACAGAGACAGGAAACCUCCAAGCAAAGACCGCAGUCACCCAAGGCGACGACCUGAAGAUGCUCACUAAGAUGACUGUUGUACCCGUGGGCUGCAUUCUUUGGGGUAUUGGUGCUGAUGUCAUUGGUGAACUACAUGAUUGCAUCACCACGGAGCUCUCAGAGAAGGUGGAAAGAGUGUAA